AUAUCAUGUACCGUAUAUUAUGUACCUACCACGGCCCAACUAAUAUUGUAAGCGCACACAUUUCACCCACUGGGAACAGUAUCUAUUAAUAAACCCGUCUACGUUUUAAGAAUAUCACACCGUUAUUCUAAGCAGCAAUCAGACCUGCAUCUCUGUAUCGGUUUGCCGCCUAUUUUAAGCAACUGGCGGCUAGCUACAUAAACCACCGACUUACCCUUCUAUCCCAUCUUCCUGGCCCAUCGUCAUCCGCCUCGACCUCAUCUUCGAGUUUUGGUAGCCGCCGGUCCUAGUCGAUCGCUCGCUCGCCUACUCUAUCUAUAUCUCGCUUUUUUUUUAUAUAUAAUUCUCGGCUAUACCACUUCUGGUUCUACGCGCUAGCCAUGGCCCGCGGCAACCAGCGUGACAAGGCGCGUGAGAAGAAUCUCAAGGCCCAGGCUUCUCAGAAGCACAAGAACACCAAGACCGGCGCGGAGAUGCAGCGCGACAAGGAGGCCGCCGCCGAGAUGAUGCGCAAGAAGCAGGCUGCUGCCGACGCGAAGAAGGCCGCCGAAGCGAAGAAUUAGGCAUCGUGCUCGAUCUGGUGGCACAUAGAUGGGGGGUCGGGCCGGUAUGCCUUUGUUUAGACGGUGGGAGGGAGGUUAUUAGAGUGAUAUCAUGGUGUGGGAAGAGGCGUAGAGACGUAUUUUCCUUGAGGCGGGACGGGUUCCUCUAGGCGCUCGACGGCGUCUGGGCUUUUUUUACUUUGAAUUUCGCCCCUCGACGAAUAAUACAAAUAUAGCAUAACCCAUAAUCCGCGAUCAUCCGUAUAAUUACUACGGCUUCCCUAUUUGUGGCCAUAGACCCGCGACAACCCUCCCUCCAACUAUACUUCUCGACGAGGGAAAAGGCGCAGGUAUAACCAGCCUGUAUAACGUUGAUAACUCGAAAUGCUGCAGAGCACAAAGACAAGUCGCUAAGAAAACCAGU